AACCACUAUGAAGCUAUACAAUUUGCUAUGGUGGUGUCUAGUAUAUGCAUCACUAAUACAUGCUACACACUCCGGAGGACACAGCUACUAUAAACAAGCUAAAGCUAAACUACAAUCAAUAAGCAAAUCGUAUACACGAAAUACAAUAUACACCUUAGAUAACAUAGACGGCAACUUGUAUAUACCCCAAUUCAACAACGAAACCAAAAACUAUGACCAGAACAUCUCAUCCGAACUUAAUCCUACCCCAAUAGAACUAACUUCUGAAGUUGUUCCCUUGCUCGAACAAGCAAUUUCCCUUAAUCAUACCCGAGCUAUGGUAAUGUUGGCUGACUUGUACUUGUUUGGUAAUUAUUCCAUGCCCACCAAUUACACCAGGGCCAAGGAAUUAUAUCACCAGGCAGUUUCACUCUCUGCCAACGGCCAUGCUUAUUUCAUGCUUGGAUUCAUAUACUCCACAGGUUUAUUUGGAGAAUUUGAAGUCAAUCAAAAGAAAGCCAACUUGUAUUACCAGUUUGGGGUGGAAAAUGGUGAUCUCAAUUCGCUUUCUGUCAUGGCUUGGAGACAUAACCGUGGCGUUGAUGUUCCUCCCAACUCAACUGUUGGUCUUGAAUGGUUAAACGAACAACAAGGUCAAAGGGGGGUAAAUUAUGAUAUCCGAAUAUCCGAUUUCAAUGGUGGAUUAUAUGGUGAUAAAAUGAGUGAGACACCAUCCAGUAUAGAAGUUCAAUCGCGGGUGUAUUCCGAUUUGAAAAGUCAAUUGGAAGAAUAUAGUGUCAAUACCAAUGAUCAAGAAUUUAUGGCAUAUUAUUUUCAAGGCUUGGAAGGUCUCAAGGGUGAUUAUUUCACACCUAGAAAUUACACAUGGGCAUUUGAACAGUUUCUGGAAUGUGUUCAAUUGGGUGUUGAUUUAUAUGAACACAAGAAUACCCACAUGAGUUCGGUUGUUCGUAUGUUUCUCAGUUCUUGUCAAGCAAGGUUAGCAAAAAUGUACCUUUUUGGAACUGGUGUGCCCCAGAAUGUCACGAAAGCCAAGGAAUUAUAUGAUGAAUCAUUAAAAGUUCAAUCUAAUGCAGAAGCACUUAAUGAUUUGGGUGUUAUUGCAGAGAGGGGGUUGCUUGGACCAGCAAAUGAGACAGAAGCCGUCAACUAUUAUGUCAAAGCAGUGAAGAGCAAAUCACAUGAAGCCUACAGGAACCUUUCCCUCUUGUUAUUGAAAAUGAGUGGUGGAACCCCACACCUGAGUGAAUUCAGAAAAGAUAUCUUUACUAAUAUGAAAGAAGCUGCCUAUCUGGGCGACAUCGAAGCUUUAUUCCAUUAUGGAAACUAUUUACAAUCGGGAUUAUCAAAAUAUGCCGAACCAGAUAGUGAGGUCACCUGUCCAGGUACCAUUCAAUACUACAAAAUUUUUAUUGAACGAUUAACUCAAUUCUUUGCCCCUCAUUUGAAAUAUGCAUUUGAAGAAUUGAUCUCGGGUAAUUUCAAAAAUGCCCUUGUGGGAUACCUGAUUGCUGCCGAACAGGGGUUUGAACCAGCACAAAUAUCAGCAGCAUACUUACUUUAUCAGCUUCAACCAUUGUACUCACCAAGUGAAGCAAAAACGUUCAACCGUGAUCGAGUCAACCUUGCGAUAAGAUAUCUUGAACGAGCAUCCAAACAGGGCAACGACGAUGCUACUGUACUUUUAGGAGACUUGUUUUCCGGAAGUUAUACUCACCCACCAAACAUUCCAUCUCCUAUUGAUCUCGAUCAUGAACGAGCUUUCAAAUUUUAUAGAAUUGCUUCGGAUCGUCAUUCCAGUCAUGGUGCAUAUAAACUAGGCGAAAUGUACGAAUACGGAGUCGGACCCAGCAUCAACAAUUCUAUCGAUUAUUUUAUGGCUAAACGAUAUUAUGACUCCAGUUUACAAUACAAGGAACGGUUUGAUCUUGAGAAGCGAGCCACUGUUUCCAAAUCGGAUUUUGCUGGUUCGGGAGGGUAUAGCAAAGCCCAUAUUAGUUUGGCGUUGUUAAGAUUGAGAAUUAAGUACGUUUUUAAUAAGAGUGCAUUCAAGGGGAACCAUGAAUCUGAAGGGGGGUGGUUGAAUGCAUUUAGAAAAGUCAAGAAGAAUUCAAAUGUUGCUUCAAAAGAACCGGUUUCGAAAGUCGAUGCGCAUGCCGAGGGGAAAACAUAUGUCAACGAACAAGGGGUUGAAAAUUAUGUCGAAGAUUAUGAUAUUGGUGAUUAUUUGGUGAUUUCAUUGACAUGCAUGUUCUUCAUUAUCUUCUUUGUCCAAAAUAUUAUUCGUCUGAUACGAAGAAUGAGAAAUAAUAGACAGGGUAAUGAAGACGAAGAUGACGAUAAACGGAUGGAAUGGCAACCAGUGGAAUUUUAGAAGAGGUAAUUUUGAAAUUCAUUUCUUUGCAUUUUAGUAUAUACACGUCUAUUUUGUAAUAUCAUCAACUACAUUCUUAAGAGUAGGAUUUUUAUGUAGAAUACUGGUGAUUGAUACCUGACUCCGCCUUUGCUUCUUCGUGGGGCUUGAAAAUGGUGUAGCUUGGAAAUUAUAAGUUGUUUGGGCUCCUGGUGGGAGAGUAUAAUACCAACCUUUAGAAUCCAAGAAAUCCAUAAAUGUCUUUGUGGUUUCUGUAUUCAACAAUGCUGCUCGUGAUCCUAGGAUAAUAAGCUUUGAUUUUGCUCUGGUAAGCGCCACAUUCAAUCGUCUCCAUUCCUUGACCAAAUCACCUGCUCGGUUUUCUUGGUUAGAUCUAACAAGAGAGAUAAUAAUGCAUUCUUUAUCACGACCCUGGUAUUGAUCGGCAGUAAGUAUCUCAACCUCUGUUUUCGAACUAAGUAAUCUUUUAAGUAAUCGCAAUUGGGCUUUAUAAAAUGACAUUACUCCAAUUUUAUCCUGGUCAACUCCAGCAAGCACCAAUGCCUCGACUAUUUGGUAGAUUAGUUUAGCUUCAGCGGAAUUCUGGACAGUUUCUCCAACCACGCUUUCACUGGCAUCUAGUUGAUCGUGAUCAAGAAACAACACUUUGUUCUUGGGAUUGAAAAUAUUAUCCAUCCAUCGUUGAUUCACUGACCCACUUGUAAAUUCGUCAAUCGCAUUCGCAUUAGGAAUUGUUAACGAUUGAUUAGCCACAGCGGAAGAUCCACAUUUCAAUCGAUUGUUAUACACCAACACAUUAGAAAGCAGCAUGAUGUCCUCACACAUCCGAUACUGAUAUGUCAAUUCACACACGGAUUCAGGAUGGGUCUCCGCCAACAACUUGAAUAAUGAAUGUGAUAACCCUUGAACAAUCUUUGGAUCCCGAUGUUGAACUAAAGGUGGGAGUUGGAAAUGAUCACCAACAAGAAUAAACUUAUCGCUGAAUCUCAAUGGUCCCAAAUUGAUAGGAAGUGAUACCUGUGAAGCUUCAUCGACUAUACAGUAGUCGAACUUGCUUCGGAAAUUGAAUGUGAUGUCGUUAAUUCCAAGACAUGUAGUGGCAACUACUAGGGGUUCCAUGUAUGUUUUGAUAAAUUGCUCCUGGGAGGUGAUUCGUUCAGGAACAAAUUCAUGGAGUUUAGGAUGAACUCGAGAAACAUGUCCUAUUCGAAGAAAGUUAACUCCAAAAUCUUUGAGUUUAAGCAAUAUAUUAUCAACAGCGGAAUUGGUGUAUGACGCUAACAAAAUAGUUUUACCCUGUUGAGCAAGAAAGCUAAUCAAGGAUGCAAUCACU